AUGAUUAGAUUACUUACCAGAUUAACUCUACCUGUAGUUGGACUUUCCGCGGGCUACCUCUUAUUUCCAAAAGAAUGGAGGAAAAAUAGUUAUUCGGACAGAAGAUUGGCGUCAUUCAACACAUCGGUGCUCGAGGAGUUAACCAAAACUGAAGAAUUCCAAAAGCUAGCCAAUGAUGAAUCAAUUACAAGAAUAAUAAAGAGCGAAUCGUUCCCACCGCAGCAUCAUGAUAACCAUGUAGGAAGUGGGAUUCUCUUCGGACCCAAUUUGAUGGAGAUAGACCCAGUGCUUUUCAUAAGCGAAAGCACUGGUGAUCUUACAAGUUUUUACCAUUUGGGAUCAGAAUUGAUCAGCCAAGAUGGUCAAAUCCACAACGGGAUAAUAUCUACAAUAUUAGAUGAAGGGUUGUGUUUCUGUGGGUUCCCUCAGCUACCAUCAAAGAAAGGAGUUACCGCGAAGUUGUCAAUAAAUUUCGAAAACCAAGCUCCUCCAAAUAGCACGCUAGUCUUGAGAGCAAAAGUUGUAGAGGCUAAGGGCAGAAAAGUAGUCAUCGAUGGAACAUUGGAAACGUUCCCAUUUGAUGGUUCCAGUCCGGUUCGAAUUGCAAAUUCUAAAUGUGUAUUAGUAGAACCUAAAUGGUUCAAAUACUUUUCAUGGCUCCAAAUUUUCUAG